AUGUUCGUCGUUCACUACGGUCCAGAGAAAUUGCAAGAGAUCAAGGUGUUCCAUUAUGAUCCUAGCGUUAAACACCUGAUCGUUUGUAUCCAUGGUGGUGCUUGGCGAGAUCCCCUAAAUACCUACAAUGACUGGGAGACCCUCGCCUCCAUGGCUAACGAGAAAGCGGUGAACGUGUUUGGUGUCAACUAUCGAUUGUCGCCAGAGGUAAAGCACCCCACCCAUUUGAAGGACGUUAAUGCGGCCUUGGAGAUGAUCAUCAGAGACUAUCCCAGUGAAAACCUAGGUUUAGUUGGCCAUUCGGUGGGAGCAACUAUCGCCCUCCAAAUGCUUGAUUUUGAAAACAUCACUGGCCUACCCACACAGGUAAAUGUAAACAAGGUGUAUCUUUUGGAUGGUAUCUAUGACAUCCCCGAUCUUGUCCUCGAGUAUCCAUCGUAUAUCAGUUUUGUUGGCGAAGCAUUCUCCAGUGAUACCGAAUGGCGACAAGCGACUCAAGUGACGAACGGAUCAGACAUCAGUCAAUUAGAUAUCGUCAUCAUAUACUCAGAAGACGAUGAGCUUCUUCUGGAACGACAAACUUUAAAGCUUAUGGCAGUGCUCGAUAAGCAGAAUGUCACCUACAAAUACCACCAUGGUCAUUGGGGCAAACACGAAGAAAUGUACCGCAACCCGAGUGUUUGUAACAUGAUCAUAAAGAAUCUGAUAGAAUAA